AGGAGAUGAUAUGACACUUGAUAGAGAGAGAGAGAGGAGCUGACACUCGUACAGCGUGGAGUGUACUCCUGACAUCAGGAAAUUAGCUUCCCUUUAUUAUUUUUAAAUGUGAAAUUUAUUACUGGAGCGACUUCUUCUUUUGCAGUUUUAGAGUCCGGCGGAAAUGGCGUCCCGAGCGGGGUUCUCUGCUCCACCCGGCCCCCAAGUGCUCAACCCUGUGAUGAACUCUCCCGGACACCCGCGGAUGGCAGCGAUGAACCCGGCCUACCGAGUGAUGCCGAGUCCGGCCACUCAGUAUCCGCGUCCUGGCGUCCCUCCUGUGCGAAGCAUGCCCAUGGGUGGGAUGGGUUCCAUGGGUUCUCCGAUGGCCGGGCCGUCGUACGGUGGCGCCAUGGGUGUUCGGCCUGGCAUGCCCCAAGCCACCUUGGACCCGGCUCGCAAGAGACUCCUGCAACAGCAACAACAGCAGCAGCAGGCGGGGGGGAUGAUGGGACCUCGGCGUGGGCUGAAACGACGCAAAAUGGCUGACAAGGUUCUACCCCAGAGGAUCCGGGACUUGGUUCCAGAGUCUCAGGCCUACAUGGACCUUCUGGCAUUUGAGAGGAAGCUGGACCAGACCAUCGCUCGCAAGCGCAUGGAGAUCCAGGAGGCCAUCAAGAAGCCCAUCACGCAAAAGCGUAAGCUGAGGAUCUACAUCUCAAACACCUGCACGCCUGCCAAACCUGAGGGCGAGGAGUCUGAGAAAGUGGCAUCAUGGGAGCUUCGAGUGGAGGGCAAACUCCUGGAGGAUCCUGGGAAACAAAAGAGAAAGUUUUCUUCCUUCUUUAAAAGCCUGGUGAUUGAGCUGGAUAAGGAGCUGUACGGUCCAGACAACCACCUGGUGGAGUGGCACAGGAUGCCCACCACUCAGGAGACGGAUGGCUUUCAGGUGAAGAGGCCUGGAGACGUGAAUGUGAAAUGUACGCUGCUGCUCAUGCUGGACCACCAGCCGCCGCAGUACAAACUGGACCCGCGGUUAGCGCGUCUCCUGGGCGUCCACACUCAGACUCGCGCCAGCAUCAUGCAGGCGCUUUGGCUGUACAUUAAGAACAAUAAGCUGCAGGACUGCCACGAGAAAGAAUACAUCAACUGCAACCGCUACUUCAGACAGAUCUUCGCCUGCCACAGAAUGAGGUUCUCCGAGAUCCCCAUGAAGCUAGCUGGACUCCUGCAGCACCCGGACCCCAUCGUCAUCAACCACAUCAUCAGCGUGGACCCGAGCGACCAGAAGAAGACGGCCUGCUUCGACAUCGACGUAGAAGUGGACGAUCCACUAAAGAGCCAGAUGAGCAGCUUCUUGUCCUCAACCACCAACCAGCAGGAAAUCGCAGCCCUGGAGAUGAAGAUCCAUGAGACCAUCGAGUCGAUAAACCAGCUGAAAACACAGCGAGACUUCAUGCUGAGCUUCAGCAACAACCCUCAGGACUUCAUCCAGGACUGGCUCAAGUCUCAGAGUCGAGACCUCAAGCUGAUGACCGACACUGCCGGGAACCCAGAGGAGGAGAGGAGGAGCGAGUUCUACCAGGCUCCCUGGAUCCAGGAGGCCGUGGGCCGCUACGUAUUCUCCAAGGUCCAGCAGAGGAGACAGGAGCUGGAGCAGGUACUCGGUAUCCGCCUCACCUGAACCCCAGAGGAAGCGCUUCAAACCGGGAGAGGCGUCGACUUGGGGACCUAGGUCCGAAAACGGCGUGCCGAAAUAAAUGCUGCAAGUCUUCGUACUAUGCAUCUUUUUUUUUUUUUUUCUUUCUUUUUUUUUUUUUGCUUAAAAUGUGACGUGAGAUUUCCUCAGGUCAUAGAUUUGUCGCUGUUAUAAUAUUUUCAUGUAUGAAAGGAUUUUCUUCCUAUUGUUCACAUACUAAUGUCUAUGAGCCUCUCCUUUGGUAAUACGUACCAAAUUUGGAUUGUGUGUGUUGAAGUGUUUGCGCGUAUGUGAGUGCAUUUUGUGUUUCUAAGCCGUAUCUGCCUUGUUUCUUAUUCGUGCCAAUGAGAUAAAUUGGAAGGUUGUGUUUAAUACAGACGUCUCUGAUUUUAGGGGACUUCAGCCAAAAUGUAGUGUUUACAUUUUGUGUGUGGUAUGACUGUUCUAACAGUGCCAGAACACAAAUGUUGUGUUCCUAAACAGCAGGUAGGAGGGAGUGUAAGCCAUUUGUAACUCAUCUCCGAUGGCCUUAAACAUAAAGCUGUCUGAUUCCUGUUCGUAACACAUCGUGAUCAGACCACGUUUCAGAUUUAUUAAUCCCGAUCAGGGAGCUGGGUUCAUUUUUUUUUUUUUUUUUUUUUUUAUCCAGGUUUGUCUUUGACUUGAGAUUUGAUCAGUGGUUGUUGGAUAACGCGAGCACAACGUUUGCCCUUUUUUCUUUUCCUUUCUUCCUUUAGUUUUUAAUAUGGUACUAAACCAGAGUCAGGUAAUUAGCUGCAUGUAUUGAAGCGCUGUGUUCUACCUUAAGUUUGAAGUUAGCAUAAUUUUCAUGUUUUGAUUUUUUAAGUCAUGUACCAUGUGGAAAAGUUUAAAUGAGGUAGGGGUUAAAACUUGUGCACAACAAUCAACACGUUACUUGAAGACGUCCAUCCGUAGCACAGGCCUGUCUACACCGUCAUCUUGUUUGUAUGAACCAAAGCAGAAAAACGAUUCACCGAGAGCUCUGGAGUUUUUUUUUUUUUUUUUAUGUUUGCGUUUAAUGCAGGUUUCGAGUUUACCGGCUUGUUGCCUUGGUAACUACCCCAAUGACAGCGCUUCUCAGCCAUGUUAAAGCCAUAGUGUGUGUGUGUGUGUGUUUAGUUUGUUUUUGUUCUGGUUUGAGCUUCUUACAUUCCGUGUGUGUACAAAUAAAAGUUUAAAGUUAUAAAUUUCAAAAAAUUGACUCAGAAGAAGAGAGAUGAUUUACAGUACAUAAACGCUUAAAGGGGUGGUGGGGGGUGUUUAUCAGUUUUACAUUUAGUUUAAGCUUAAGACAAUCAGCUGAGAAAUGUUUCCUAAAAUUGACAAAAGUCCAACUAGUCUAAAGCUACAAUGAUCAGCACGGCUAGUUAUAUUUAGCGAACUCUCACCGAGAUCAAUUACAAAGAGCCUUCAAUAUCUUAUUUAAUAUAAACAAAGUACUGAUUACAAAGUGUUUUGAAUUGAGCAUGUAUAUGUUUCACAAUAUGGGUCACAGUCUAUCAUUUUGCUUAAAGAAUAAAAUAAAAUAGCUAGCGGUUCAGAUAAAUCGAUCUUAACCAAGGUUUCUAAAACACAUUAGUAAUUAAAAAUUGUACAGGUACGUUGUUUUGUUUAACACUGUUCAGUUUUCGAGUUACAAAAAAAGCAUCGAGAGCGGCAGAAAGCCAUACUUUGACACGUGUGCGCAAAAUGAUGCUAACAUUUGUAGCUUCCUGUGUAAAAGACCCUGAACAGUAAAUGUUACCAAAUAACUAGUCGUGCAAACUACAAAUGCGUAAUAGAUAGCUAGCUUAAGCUCUUUUGGCCGUCUCCAAUGGUUACCGUUAUUACUUGUGGGCGUGGCCUGUCCCCCUUCCCACACAAUUCUAAUGCAAAAUCUCUGUAGCUAUGUAUAACUUCUAAAGUUAAAUAAUUAGUGACGCAUGCUGGCUGAUGAGGUAAAUUUUGCCCUGAACCAUCCCUAUAAAUUCUAUUUUUAUUUUUAAGCAAGUAUUAUUAAACCCUGGCCUGUGAUUUCAUUACAGUUAGUAUAACUUCCGUAUUCAACGUGCCAUUGUUUUUAAGCAUAUGAUGUACUUUUAUUUUUGUAUAACCUGUUGAAUAAAAAAAAAUGUUUUUUGGAUGACUGUUUUGUAAGUUUUGAUAUGUGAUCUGUACUUUUUAUACUCUU